CCAAGAAAAUACGCAAAACAUUUCACCAAACGCUAAUUUAAUAUAUGUAUAUUUUUUGACAAUCUAAUUUAAUAUUUUUCUACAAUGUAUUAUAUAUACCUAAAAAUCUGAUUCACUGAACUCCAUUAUAGAAUUUGGAAUGUUUUUUCUUUCUAACCUAUAUGUAUAGGUACAGAGCAGAAUGAUGCAAUAAAACAUACUCAUUCUGUACUAAAGAAUCAGCUUCGAAAGAGGAAAGAAACAUGUUUUUGAUUCUGAGUCAUUCUUGUUCGAAUGUUUUUCUAGUAUUUGUAGUGUUUAGUGUUACUUGUUUUAGUUCUUGUCGGGUUUUGUAUGGCUUGGAUCGUACGCCCAACAGUGUCACUCUUUCUAGCUUCACAUAUGCAACAACUGUGCUCAAACCUUAUGAAUGGCGAUACAUUAGUGUGGACUUACCACCGUGGUUCUCUUCAGUGACUAUUGCUUUGGAAUCCAAUGUUGGCAUUGACCUGAAAAGAAUUGGAAAAGUAACUACUUUACCGAUGAUCUGCUUCCGAGAAGGAAGUCCACCCCUUCCAGAUGUUAAUAAUACUACUCAUACAAGUCUAGUGAUAGACCAUAUCUCCAAUAGUUCCUUUGGAGGAUCACAAGAUCUUCAAAUUAGUGAGAAGUGCUAUCCCACGCAGAAAAGUAUAUUCUUGACGUUGACAAAUGAGCAGAUUCGUCCAGGAAUAUGGUAUUUUGGGCUAUUUAAUGGCAUCGGACCUACAAGGACACAAUCAAAAAUGAUUAAUCGAGGGCAUUCAUACUUGUUCAGUGGUAAUAUAACUGUGGAAGGGUGUACAAAUUCAGCUAUGUUGGGCAGAUUUUGCAACCAAACAAUUAGUUUACUCUCAUGUUUGGACACCUAUAUAUCUUCUGAAAGUGGAAUAGGUAGUCAAUCCUAUAAAACUGCAGCUAAUAUGACUCCCUGUGGAGGUAGCGAGAAGAGCUGUCUUGACGUUGCUGGGUCAAAAGUCUACUCAUUGGAUGUAGUGAGUAUUGCUGAGGAGCUAACAAUCACAGGAUUAAAUAUCACUUUCACUCAGUCGCAGCGUUCUAAUGGAACCAUCAGCGGCACCGGAAUUUCCUUGAUGUGCUAUGUUCGGCAUGGGGCUAUACCGCUGCCACAACUGUAUGAUUAUUCUGCUGAUAUAAACAGAUCCCCGUUGGUCAUCCCUUUACCUAAACUUGGUCGUUGGUAUAUUAGAAUUCAGCCAGCAAACCUGUCAGAAAGUAUGGCCGUAAUCCAAGAAAUGAACACUACAAUAUGCUAUUCAUUGGAAUGGCUAGUACUUCAGUGUCCUGCGGAUACGGCUGGAUUGAAUUGUACAACAGCAAAAUACACACUUCAGGUUGUGGAUUUGGAUAACUCAAUUUCUUGCUUAAUAAAAGAAAGUGAUACGCUAGAUACGUUUCUUAGGAAAAACCCAUCUGUCGCUUUUGAAUCCUAUUAUCUACCUAUCAGUGGAGAAGUGUCCUCAGACUCUGCUAAUUUCCCUUUGGGACCUCUUCUGAGUAAUUCUUCCGAUGGGGAUAUGAGGGAUCAUACUUGGACCUUUUUCCUUCUGGACAUACCUGAUGGUGCUGCUGGCGGAAAUAUCCAUGUCCGCCUUAAAUCAGAAGCAAAGAUAAGUGGGGAAAUAUAUGCCAGAUAUGGUGGAUUUCCAUCUCUUAGUAACUGGGAUUACUUCUAUGCAAACAGCACAAGCAACAGCAAUGGUUCCAUGUUCUUUAAGAUAUAUGAUGCAAGUGAUAAGUUCGUUAGCUUUUAUAUCAUAUAUGCUAGAGGAGGAAUGUGGAGUUUUGGGUUAAGGCACCCAAUUUCAAACAGGCAUAGCUCGACGGCCGAAACUAUCAUGUCUCUCUCGCUAGAGAGAUGCCCAGAAAAAUGCUCUUCGCAUGGGACAUGCCAGUCCGUGUUGGAUGCAAGUGGUCUCACAUUCUACAGUUUCUGUGCUUGUGAUCGACGCAAUGGAGGCUUUGACUGCAGUAUUGAACUGGUUUCUUCUUCAGGACACGUGCUGAAAACUCGUGUAGGGCACAUGUGGCAAUCAAUUUCACUUAUUGCAUCCAAUGCUGCAGCUUUGCUCCCUGCUUACUGGGCUCUCCGUCAUAAGGCAUUUGCUGAAUGGGUUCUUUACACAUCAAGUGGUAUCUCAAGUGGCCUUUACCAUGCAUGUGAUGUUGGCACUUGGUGUCCAUUGACCUUUCAUGUCUUACAGUUCAUGGAUUUCUGGCUAUCUUUUAUGGCUGUUGUUAGUACGUUUGUGUACUUAGCUGCUAUUGAUGAAGUUUCAAAGAGGACGAUUCACACUGUUGUUGCAAUCCUGACAGCCCUCAUGGCUGAAAGUGGACCAACGAGGUCCUCGAACAUUAUUCUUGUCGUGGCUAUUGGGAGCUUGGGUCUGUUAAUUGGGUUCUUCAUUGAAUUCUUUACUCAUCGUAGGUGGAUUUCCUUUUCCACAGAACUUUGUUUGAACAUGCUCAACAGAUGGGAAACUGUAAAAGCAUGGAUUCAUAAUUUCAUUCGGUCACUUCUAAAGCGCUUUCGAUGGGGCUUUCUACUUGCGGGAUUCACUGCAUUAGCAAUGGCUGCUAUCAGCUGGAGAUUAGAAACAAGUCAAAAUUACUGGAUAUGGCACAGCGUGUGGCAUGUCUCGAUAUAUACUUCUUCAUUUCUUUUUCUCUGUUCAAAAGCAGCAGCUGUAAACUGUGAGAACGAACCACCUCGACCAGAGAACUAUGAGUUGGCUCGGCAAAAUUCUUUCAGUGGUAGUAACGAAAGAGAUGGUAGAUAGUUCAUACUAGAAUCUACUUUAGCACAUAACAUAUAGAGCUGCUUGAUGCUGAGAACGUACAAUGAACUGGACCAUCAAGAGGACACUUUCUUUUUGAUGAAGAAGACACUUUCUCUCCCUUGGACAGGUGAUAAGUGGAUAAGGAGAAGAUUCGUUAGUCGUUCUCAAAUAGCUUUUCUUUAAAGUUUUCCUUUGGUUUAGGGAUAAACCAUUGGCGUCUUGUUGUAUGUAACAUUGUUUAUAGGACCAAAAGCAGGAAAGGUCCAUUUUGUAUAUCUGGGAAGUUAUAACUUACAAUAGGGAAGAUGAAAAGGGAAAGAAAAGAUCGGUGCAAGAGAAAGGUCCAAGGCGUACUAACUUUGUUUUAUUCUUUCUCCGUCCAAGUCAAUGAUAGUGGCGGAGAUGCAAGGGAGACCACACAAUUCAUAUUUUAGUGAAGUCUGUAAAAAAAAAAAAAAAACUGUUCCAAUGAGGAGUCCUGUUUAUAGAGUCCCAUAUGUACUGCUGCAUAGGUCACUGUUCAGUUGUUUGUAUUUAUUAUAUGGUUUACCAUGUCCA